AUGGAAAAGUUGAAUUUUGUUAAAAAUGGAGUAAGCAAAUUGCCUCCUGGGUUUCGUUUCCAGCCAACAGAUGAAGAGGUUGUCUUUCAAUACUUGAAAUGUAAAGUCUUCUCAUACCCCUUGCCUGCUUCUAUCAUUCCUGAGAUCAAUGUCUCCAAGUAUGACCCAUGGGAUAUACCAGGGAAUUGUGAUGAGCAAGAGAGGUACUUUUUUAGCUCCAAGGAAGCUAAGUAUCGAAAUGGCAAUCGUAUGAACCGAUCAACCAAGUGUGGAUAUUGGAAGGCAACAGGAUCAGACAAAAAAAUAACAUCUUCAAUGUGUAAUGGUAUUGUGGGUAUAAGAAAAACCCUUAUUUUUUAUGAAGGGAAAUCUCCAAGAGGAUCCAGAACUGGUUGGGUCUUACACGAAUAUCGCCUCGUCGGUGUAGAAACUAGUGCUUGCAAUUCAUCACAGAACUACAUAAACGAGAUUGGAGAUUGGGUUUUGUGUCGCUUAUUGAUGAAGAAAAGAAGUAUAGAAAGUGAUGUCAGCACCACUCAUCACAAGCAUAGGCAUAAUAUAGUUCAAGCUAGUCCAAGAUUGUUUGAUUUUAUGAUGGUUGGCAAGACCCAUUCUUCUACAUCCUCAUCAUGUUCAAGUUCCAGUAACAUCAUGGAGGUCUCUUCAAAUGCUGACCAUGAAGAAACAAGUGGCUAUGCUGAUUUUUAG